AUGAACUCAUCGACAGCACAAAGAAAGUGCAAACGGAAAGCAAGCGAGAUGUCUGUGAACCAUGAUAAUAUCACAGAGCAUCGUGUAACGAAAAUGAUCAAAGCGGAAGCAUCCUUUCGAACGAUGCAAACCAUCCGAAUGACAAGCUCGUGGAAGAACCAAGUUUGGAGGGAACAGGUAGCACAGUGGUGCUACGAUGUUGUUGAUCAUUUGGACGCAUCCAGAGAAGCUGUGUACGUCGCGAUGAAUGUGCUGGAUAGAUACAUUGCUGAGACGUCAUCAUCAGCAGCAAUGGACAAGGUUGAAUAUGAAAAAAUCGCAAUCACAGCGUUCUUUUUAGCAUUGAGAAUAACAAACUCUGUCGAAAUAAGGAUCCCAGAGAUCCUUUCCCUUAGUCGUUCCUCAAUACAACCUCAAGACAUUAUCUCAACUGGAUCGAGAAUACUUGAAUGCUUAACAUGGAGCAACAGAAUUCUUACACCACAUUCAUUCCUCAAGGCGUUUAUGGGCUUGAGGUCGCAGAGCUUGAACCCAAGCACUGUGACGUCAUGGUUGGAUCUUGCAGUCUACCUUGUUGAAAUUUCUGUUUGUGAUGGAGAAUUCUCGCAAACAGCGGCUUCUCAGCUUGCAAUGGCUGCCAUUAUUGUAGCCAUGAAGAAAUCCGGCGAUUAUGAUGAAAACAAAAAGCAGUGCGAUUCUCUGGUGCGAGACAUCUUUGAGCAUGCCUCCAUAGAUCCAUGUUCAACCAGUCUACGAUCACUCUGUGUCCGUCUCCAAAACAUCUACAAUCAAAGUCAAGAAAGCCCUCAAGCCAAUUCUCCACACGUAAUCGAAGCUGAAGAUGAUGAACAAACCGACUCGUGUCAGACAGGACUAGACAAUCGAUCUGAGCUCGACAGAGUGACAUCCGUCUCAAGACCGAUCUCACCUUUACAGAACAAGGACUGGUAA